UGCUCUAUUUGCCGUCGCGGUAGAGAAGCGCAGAGUAGCACGCAAGGCCGCCGCCCUCUUCUUCUUCUCCACAGACGAGACGGGACCAAAUCCCGCAAAAUCCAAUCCGACCUUGACCGGCCGAUUUGUCUGUUUGGUUUCUCGCGCCCGGUCCUCUCCGAUCCGGAGCAAGCAACCCCGGCACGCACGCGUCCGCCUCUAGCUGUCUCGCGUUCUUGCCGCAGAUCGGGGAAUUCCGAGAACGCCAGAUUGCGCUGCGGCGAGAUCGGGUUUCCUUUUGUUUCUUCGGGUUUUUGUUGUGGGUGAGGGAGGGAUCGAUGGCCGGUGGAGGGAGCAGGAGGGGGACGGGCGCCGAGGAGGUGAGGAUCGGCAGCGGCAACGUGUUCGCGGCGCUCGAGACGCUCAAGAAGAAGAAGAAGCCGGCGGCGGAGGCGAAGAAGAAGGAGGCGCCGGCGGCAAAGCCGGAGGUGUUCUGGGCGCCCGCGCCGCUCACCGCCAAGUCAUGGGCCGACGUCGAGGACGACGAUGAUGACGACUACUUUGCCACCACCGCGCCGCCGAGCGCCGUCUGGGGAACCCAGGAGGACAACGCGGCCGCCGUCCAUGAGGACGACCAGGAGCACUCUGCCCUUGAGCAGGAAAUUGAGAGUGAAGAUGAUAGCCUUGAUGAUGAGGUUGAUGCUGCUGCUGAGGAGGAAUAUGAAGCAGCAGAUGAUGUCCCUUCUGCACAAGCAGCGAAGAAAGCUGUAGCUCCAAUCGCACCGGCUAAAGAUACUGAAAGACAGCUCUCUAAAAAGGAGUUAAAGAAAAAGGAGUUGGAAGAGCUUGAUGCUGUGUUGGCUGAGUUGGGAAUUUCAGAUAAAGCUACUCAACAUGAAGCAAACGACAAGAAAGGUGCAUGUGAAGCUGCUGAUGGGGAGGAAAAGGAAGAUGCAACUGUUCCUUCAGAGAGUAAGACAUCCAAGAAGAAGAAAGCUAAGAAAGACAGGUCCUCAAAGGAGGCAAAAGAAACACAUGAUCAGAACGACAUGGCUGACGAUGCUGCUGGUGCAGAACCUGAUGAAGAUGCAGCUUCAGUGGAUGUCAAGGAGCGCAUAAAGAAGGUAGCCUCAAUGAAGAAAAAGAAGUCUAGCAAAGAGAUGGACGCAGCAGCAAAGAUCGCUGCAUCUGAAGCUGCAGCCAGGAGAGCAAAGCUUGCGGCAGCAAAGAAGAAAGAUAAGAACCAUUACAACCAGCAGCCUUUGCGGUGAACAGCGGCUUAAGUUUUGGAUGCUGAAACUCCAGAUGUUACAUUGUCCUUUUGGAUCUGCAACAAACUUUUUGAGAUGUGUUUACCGCUUGGAGUGGGCACCUCGUGACGCUCAUCUGGGAAUUCUCUAAGACUCUGAAUUGUUCAUCACAGGAACCUUCUUGAAUAUAUGUGGGAUAUUUCGUAGUACUUGGUUUGUCUGAUGUGGUUGCUUGCGGUGGUCUGCAAACUGUGAUGUUCGUAUCAAGCUGUUGAUAUUAUUUUAUUGUACAAGUCAUCCUGUUGAUGUUA